GAUAUUUCUUCAAUUAUUUUCAGGCAUUUACGUGGAUGAAAAUGUCGUCAUAACACAGGAAGUAGUUUCAUUCCUUAAACAUGAUAUGACUGUUUUAUUCUCGGAGUACAAAUCAUCCGAAUAUCCUCGCGUUGCCAUAGCAAUGGGGAAAGAUCAUGACGACAAUUUUAAGAAGUUUAUACGAACGUUUGAGAAAAAUAAAGAAAUUCCUAAUAACUCACGGUUUUGUACAACUGUAAAUGAAGAAACGAACAGUAGUUAUGCACCUUGCUAUGUUUUAAGUUCACCUUUAAACCCCGCGGAUGAAUUUGAAUCAGACACACAUUUCGGUAAAUUGGUUAGAACAAUUCUCUAUAGUUCAAUUGAAAAGAAAGAAGCUAAAUCAAUUUUACCGGGAACUAUUCCGAAAAUAGUCCAUUACGUCUGGUUUGGCUCAAAGGAAAUGGAUUUUAUGAUGUUUCUGAGCAUGCUCAGCACUUUGUUCAUUUUAAAUCCAGAGAAGGUAUAUAUACACACUGACGGUGAACUAAAGGGAGGCUACUAUAAGAGAAUAUUGAAAGAUGAAAGAGUUAUCCUUGUACACCGGGAGAAACCUUUUAGCAUAUAUGGACACAAAGUCAUUUAUACUCAGCACCGCAGUGACAUAGUUCGAGCCGAAUGUUUACUGAGAUACGGAGGCAUUUACAUGGACUGGGAUGUCCUGUGGCUCAAAAAUCCAGAUGACGUCAUACAAAAAGGAUAUGACGUCAUAGCAAACUUCGACCAUAUACAACAGGGUAAUUUUCCAAAUACGAUAAAUCUAGGUGUUUUAAUGGCAAAACCAGGAGCUACUUUUAUAAAAAGAUGGCAGGAUGCAUUAGCCAACUAUAAAUCUGAAGACUUUUUAUAUAAUGCCGUAGAAUUACCCUAUAAAAUUUAUGAAAAAUAUCCUCAGUACAUUAAAAUAGAGAAACAUUUACAAGUAAUGUGCUUCAGAUUAAAAUGUCACCCUACAUUUCAUAAGGACUUCAAAAACUUUAUGGAGGAGCAGCCGUUUAAUUGGCGAACUGACGUAUACUCCAUACAUUUUACAUUUCCGGAUCCACCAGAGCUUUCAAACGAACAUGCCUGCAGAAACGGGACUGGCCGCUUCGCAGAAAUCGGACAAUUUAUUCUACAGCACGAGAAGAAACUACCUUAAAUGAUCACAGCUCUACUACAAUGUACUUAUCUAAUAACUUAUGAAUAUAUAAAUAAGGGGAGAUUAACAGGUACCUAAAAUGUAAUAAUGCGCUAGUUGUCUCUCUUAUACCAUUAAUUAAGAUAUGUUUACACUCAAGGGAGAGAAAUAUGUAUCUAAUAAACCAAAACAAUUGAGCAAGUUGUCUCCCUUGCAGCAUUAAUUGCUGUGAACACUAUCAUUUCAUUGCUACUGUAUAAAACAUGACCUUUAACAAAGGAAAGCGAUUUCUAAAAAAAAAAAGUUCAAUAGGAAGAUUUGAGUUCUCUCCCUUAACGUACGGUAAGGUCUUCAAAAUACAUGUAUAUAAAAUUAAAAACAUUCCAUUCUAUUUGAAAGACCCUGAUUUAAUAUAGUAAAACAGACUUGUAAGUUGUUCCCCUUAGACCAUUUAUUGUUACUCAAUUUUUAAAUAAGGUUUAAAUCGAAGUACAUUUUGUAGAUAUAAUAUAAUACUUGUACUACUAUAAAAUCAUAGAGAUUUAUUAUAGAUUUAUAUUUAUCUUCUUCCAAGAUAAAUUAAAGAUAAAUUAUAUGAAAUGGUGGGUAUAGAAAAUAAAAUAUCCCUGAAUA